UACAAAAACUAGUGUUCACUUAAAUUAGUUCUAGACAACUACUAAAUUACUACUAGAGGAGUUCUACUUGAAUUUUAAGUUUUGUGCAUCUUUAAGCUCUCCCUUCUUUUCAUUUGCUGCCAUUUUGUGCAGCUUUCAUUUUCAUUUGCUGCCAUUUGAGGCAGCUUUGACACCACAACUCCAACAUUCACUUUGUUUUUUUUUUUGAAAAUAGAUGGCAAAGAGUGAGAACAAACAAUAAAGCAGUCAUCACCUCAAGUAAUGAAGAGAGAGGGAGAGCAGAUUCAUGGGAUCCACGGUCAAGAAGAUUUUGACCCAAGUGCACCCCCACCGUUUAGGAUAGGAGAUAUUCGAGCUGCCAUUCCUAAGCACUGCUUGAUCAAAAAUCCAUGGAGGUCCAUGAGUUAUGUAUUCAGGGACGUCCUUGUUAUUUUUACAUUGGUAGGAGCUGUACUAUACUUUGAUAAUUGGUAUAUUUGGCCUUUCUAUUGGGUUGCCCAGGGUACAAUGUUCUGGGCCCUGUUUGUUCUCGGACAUGACUGCGGUCAUGGAAGUUUUUCCGAUAAUGGCACCUUGAAUACUAUAGUGGGACAUAUCUUACACUCAUCAAUUCUUGUUCCUUAUCAUGGAUGGAGGAUAAGUCACAAGACUCACCAUCAAAACCACGGACAUGUUGAAAAAGAUGAGUCAUGGGUCCCGCUGCCUGAGAAGAUCUACCGGAGUUUGGAAAUCAAAACUCGAAUUUUGAGAUUCACUUUGCCCUUCCCCUUGUUAGCAUACCCUCUAUAUCUUUGGUAUAGAAGUCCAGGAAAGGAAGGAUCACACUUCAAUCCUUACAGUGACUUGUUCUCCCCCAAAGAAAGGAAGCUUGUGAUGAUCUCAACUGCCUGUUGGGUACUGGUUACUUUUCUGCUUGGAUAUUUGUGCUUCCUGAUAAGCCCAAUCCAGAUGCUUAAGCUCUAUGGUGUUCCUCAUUUGAUUUUCGUAGCAUGGUUGGAUGGUGUCACUUACUUGCAUCAUCAUGGCUAUGAGCAGAAGCUUCCCUGGUACAGGGCCGAGGAAUGGAACUACCUGCGAGGAGGGCUUACGACAGUAGACCGUGAUUAUGGCCUGUUCAAUAACAUCCACCAUGACAUUGGCACUCAUGUCAUACACCAUCUUUUCCCUCAAAUCCCGCACUAUCACCUAGUUGAAGCGACUGAGGCAGCUAAAGCAGUACUUGGAAGGUACUACCGGGAGCCAAAAAAAUCAGGGCCUAUUCCUUUUCAUUUACUCAAGAUUCUGCUGACAAGCCUUGGCGAAGAUCAUUUUGUGAGUGACACUGGAGACAUUGUUUAUUAUCAAACCGAUGAGGCCCUAUAUAACUUCUUCAAGACCAAGUCUGCCUGAUUGUUUAGGAGCAAAUGGUAGCAGCAUCUUCUCUUGUUUGCGAGUUCAAAAAUAUAUAUGUACUCUGUCAGUUAGUGUAGCAGGAAGGAAGACUUUAAACAUUAUUUUGUAAUAAAUUUAAGUCCAAAAU